UCUAUAAAAAGGCGGCAGUCACCACCUCCCUCUCCUCUCCUCCCCUCCCCUCCGCUCGGCUCCGGCGAAGCGCGCAAGGGCUGGACGCUCGCCGCCGGGAACAUCGCGUCGCGGGUCUUCUUAUGUCAAGGGUACAGAAAGAAUUGGUAUUCUGAUAUAGUUGCCGGACAUCUCAGUCCCUAAAUUCAAAAUGACGCCAGUGGUUCAUUGUUCUGUUGGCAAUAUCAGCCUGUUUCACAUUGGAAGUUUCAGGCCGAGCCAUGAAAUCCAAAUAAGAAGGUUCCACAGCACAGAGAGGUAUUCUAGAGUACCAUCACCUUCACGCCGUAGGCUGCUGCAACCGCAACGAGCAUUCAACUUGAUCAGUAUCUACAAAAGAAGCAGUUGGUCCUCUGCCCGCAGGCCAAGGACUCUGUCAGCAGCAACUGUUGGGACUGAUGUUGCAGUAGAGGAUCCGAAUCCACCUCCUUCUGGAGAAACUUCUGAAGAAAGCUCUGAGGAUGCUCCUGCCACCACUGAAGCAAGUGAGCAAGCUGAGGCAAGCACUUCUUCCACUCCCAAAGCAGGACGCAACAUAAGAAAGAGUGAAAUGCCUGCACUGAAUGAUGAGGAUCUGGUCCCUGGUGCAUCUUUUACCGGGAAGGUUAGGUCUAUCAAGCCAUUUGGUGUUUUUGUUGACAUCGGAGCUUUCACUGAAGGCCUUGUUCAUAUCUCUCGAGUAAGUGAUGGAUUUGUAAAAGAUAUAUCUACCCUAUUCACCAUUGGGCAAGAGGUGUCAGUGAGAUUGGUGGAAGCAAAUAAGGAGACAGGGCGCAUCUCAUUGACAAUGCGAACUGGUGGUGAUUAUGUCAAGCCUAAAACAGAAGCACCUAAGGCUGCAAGCGGCGGGAGGAAUACCACUGCGACUGCGUCCAGAGGUUCACCAAGGCAAACAAGGGAAAGAGAUGAUGCCAAGAGCGAGACAAACUAUGUGCAAGGACAAUUUCUGAAUGGCACUGUGAAAAGUACAACAAGAUCAGGAUCAUUUGUGACACUACCUGAUGGAAGCGAAGGAUUCCUUCCUAGAGAAGAGGAAGCAGUGGCAUUGUUUACCCUUAUUGGUCAUUCUGCACUUGAAGUCGGUCAGCAGGUAAGGGUGAAAGUAUUGAAUGUAGCACGAGGCCAGGUCACUUUGACAAUGAAGGAGGGAGAAGAUGAUGAAGAUGAUCUGUCUUCAUUAAACACAGAGCUGAAGCAAGGUUGGUCCAGAGGGACCAACGCGUUUGAGCUAGCUUUCCGUAGGAAUAAGGAAAUCUCGUCAUUUUUGGAUCAGAGGGAAAAGACAAAAAUUCCGGAUGUACAAGAAGCUGCUGUAGCAUCAGUGGGUACUGCACUGGAUGAUGCAGUAGGAAUUGAGCAAAGUUCCUUGCCUGAGACAAGUAAUGCUGAAUCACUUGCAAUCGAUAGUUCUAUAACAGAGGUCAAAGAGACUGAUAGUACAGCUGCAGUGGAGGACAGUGAAAUGAGUAAGACUGAAUCAGUUGAGACGGCUAGUUCAGUUGUAGCUUCUGAAGAUGAUAGCACAGUUGAUAACAAACUCACUGAGCUUACCGCUUCAGUUUCUUCAACUGAAGCUGCUUCAACAGAAUCCGUCACUACCGAGACCACUGAAGCUGCUUCAGCAGAAUCCGUCACUACCGAGACUACUGAAGCUGCUUCAGCAGAACCCGUCACUACCGAGACCACUGAAGCUGCUUCAGCAGAACCCGUCACUACCGAGACCACUGAAGCUGCUUCAGCAGAAUCCGUCACUACCGAGACCACUGAAGCUGCUUCAGCAGAAUCCGUCACUACCGAGACUACUGAAGCUGCUUCAACAGAAACUGUCUCCGCAGUUGUUGAGGAAAGUGCUCUUGCAGAUGAGGAAAGCAGUGCAAACUUGACCACUUCUGUAUCAUCAGUAGCUGAAGUUCCUGCUCCUCUAGUAUCAGAGGCCCCAUCUCAGGAGAUAAUUGAGGAUUCUGCUAGUGUUACUGUGGAAGGUAGCACUGAUGACCUAACUGUAGAAUAUGAUAGUUCACCUUCAGAUGGUGUUGAGCUGUCCUCGAAUGGAGCUCCAGAUAGCUCUAGUGAUGAGCCUAAUGAGCCAGAAGAAUCUUCCGUGGUAGAACAGGUUCCAGUAACUGCAAGUAGUGAGUCCGAGGAUAAAGAACCCGCUGCAGUAACUGAGGAGGUAGCAGCCUCAAGUGAGAAAACUGCAGAAGUUGCUGCUGUAGCAGAUGAAGCAAGCACCACCACAGCAACUAUUUCUCCUGCUCUUGUCAAGCAAUUGCGUGAAGCAACUGGAGCAGGCAUGAUGGACUGCAAGAAGGCUCUUGCAGAAUCGGGUGGUGACAUUGAGAAAGCACAAGAAUUCCUCCGCAAAAAAGGUUUGGCGGCUGCUGACAAGAGGGCUGGCAGGGCCACUGCAGAGGGAAGAAUUGGUUCUUACAUACAUGACAACAGAAUUGGUGUUCUUAUUGAAGUGAACUGCGAGACUGACUUUGUAUCCCGUGGAGACAUCUUCAAAGAGCUGGUAGAUGAUCUAGCUAUGCAAGUUGCCGCUUGCCCUCAAGUACAGUACAUUUCUCUUGAUGAUGUUCCUGAGGAGGUUAUGAAGAAGGAAACAGAGCUGGAGAUGCAGAGGGAAGACCUCUUGUCAAAGCCAGAGCAGAUCCGGUCUAAGAUUGUAGAGGGUCGUGUAAAGAAGAGGCUUGGAGAAUAUGCAUUGCUGGAGCAACCCUUCAUCAAAAAUGACAAGGUUACAAUCAGUGAAUGGGUUAAGCAAACUAUUGCCACAAUUGGAGAGAACAUGAAGGUCAAUAGGUUUGUCCGGUACAACCUCGGUGAAGGGUUGGAGAAGAGAAGCCAGGAUUUUGCUGCUGAAGUAGCUGCCCAGACAGCUGCGAAGGCACCACCAGCUCCUCCUCCAAAGGAUGAGAAGGCUGAGGAAACGACAGAAACUGAAGAGAAGAAACCAGCUGUGGCAAUUUCAGCUGCAUUGGUAAAGCAACUCCGAGAUGAAACUGGUGCAGGCAUGAUGGACUGCAAGAAAGCACUAGCUGAGACAGGAGGUGACAUUCAGAAGGCUCAGGAGUUCCUCAGGAAGAAGGGCCUGUCGUCUGCAGACAAGAAGUCCUCUCGCCUAACCGCUGAAGGCCUGAUUGGCGCCUACAUCCAUGACAACCGCAUUGGUUGCAUGAUCGAGGUCAACUCCGAGACAGACUUCGUGGCCCGCAACGAGAAGUUCAAGGAGCUGGUGAAUGACCUCGCGAUGCAGGUAGUGGCAUGCCCACAGGUUGAGUAUGUCUCCAUGGAGGACAUCCCAGAGAGUGUUGUCAGCAAGGAGAAGGAGAUUGAGAUGCAGAGGGAGGACCUGCAGUCCAAACCUGAAAACAUCAGGGAGAAGAUCGUCGAAGGCCGGAUAUCGAAGAGGCUCGGCGUGCUGGCCCUCCUGGAGCAGCCCUUCAUCAAGGAUGACAGCAAGACGGUGAAGGAUCUUGUGAAGGAGACGAUCGCCACCCUGGGGGAGAACAUCAAGGUACGGAGGUUCGCCCGGUACAAUCUUGGUGAGAACUGAAUUGAGACGGUGGUCUUGGUCACUACCUGACACCAGGGAGUUGGGCACAUUUUGAUUCAUCAAAGUUCAUAGCUGUUGGUAGUAUGAUAAGUUCCAUCUGUAAUUCUGUAUUACAUGUUAUUACUGCUCCCUUUUUUUUUCAGCUGCUGUUACUACUGUUGCUGUUUACAGAACAAAUUUUGAGCACUCCUUUGUAGAUGACAAGAGAGAGCAAUAUUGUCAAUAUAAACACUACGGCCAAUCAAAAUUGUAUCUGGUUGUCUUUG